AUGGCUCCUAUCGGCGGUGGUGCUGGUGACUUUGAGGUGGCCGCUCUGGCACGCCGCAAAGCGCUCGCUGGUGCUUCAGGACCCAUGGCUUUGGUCAAGAACGCCAGGGUCUUUGGUAUCGCGUGUUUUGCCUGCUUGGGUGGUCUCCUCUAUGGUUACAACCAGGGUGUCUUCUCUGGUGUACUCACCAUGCCUUCCUUCAAGGAGCACAUGGGCGACUACAUCCAAGACCAACAGACUCUUGAGUGGAACUCCUCCAAGCAAGGUUGGCUCGUGUCUAUUCUUGAACUCGGCGCCUGGUUCGGAACCAUGUACUCUGGUUUCCUCGCUGAGAUCCUCUCCCGUAAAUACGCCAUUCUCGUCAACGUCGCAAUCUUCAUCGUCGGUGUCGUCGUUCAAUGUACCGCUUCUGCCGGCCAAGGUCACAACGCCAUCCUCGGCGGCCGUUUCGUAACGGGUAUGGGUGUCGGUUCACUCUCCAUGAUUGUACCCAUGUACAAUGCCGAGAUUGCGCCUCCUGAAGUGCGUGGUGCGCUUGUCGGUCUCCAGCAAUUGAGCAUCACCUUGGGUAUCAUGAUCAGUUUCUGGAUCGACUACGGUACCAACUACAUUGGCGGCACUGGAACUGGACAGAAGGAGGCUGCAUGGCUUCUUCCUCUCGCUCUCCAACUUGCCCCCGCUGUUCUUCUCGGCGUCGGUAUGAUCUUCAUGCCUUUCUCGCCUCGUUGGCUCGUCCACCACGGUAAGGAGGCAGAGGCUCGUCGCGUUCUCGCCCGUCUUCGUGGCCUUGAUCAGGAUCAUGAACUGAUCGAGCUCGAGUAUGCCGAGAUUCGCGCCCAGAGUCUGUUCGAGAAGAAGUCAUUGGCAGAGCGAUUCCCCCAUCUCCAAGACAUGAGCGCGCUAUCCAUCUUCAAGCUGCAAUUCGUCGCCAUCGGCAGUCUGUUUACUACAAGGGGCAUGUUCAGGCGUGUCGCCAUUUCCACGCUUACCAUGUUCUUCCAGCAAUGGACAGGAAUUAACGCAAUCUUGUACUACGCGCCAACAAUCUUCCAAGGAUUAGGCUUGUCGGGCAAUUCCAUCAGUCUGCUUGCGACCGGUGUCGUUGGUAUUGUCAUGUUCCUCGCAACCAUCCCCGCAGUCAUGUACGUCGACAAACUCGGCCGAAAGCCCGUUCUCGUCAGCGGCGCCAUCGGUAUGGCGGCCUGCCACUUCAUCAUCUCCGGUAUCGUAGCCAGCUACGAGGACGACUGGCCAAACCAUCAAGGCGCUGGUUGGGCUGCUUGCGUCAUGGUGUGGCUCUUCGUCAUCUUCUUCGGCUACUCCUGGGGUCCAUGUGCAUGGAUUGUCAUCGCGGAGAUCUGGCCCAUGUCCAACCGUCCGUAUGGUAUCGCACUUGGUGCCUCGUCCAACUGGAUGAACAACUUUAUCGUUGGUCAGGUUACCCCGGACAUGCUUCAGCAUCUUCGGUACGGCACUUACAUCUUCUUUGGUAUUUUUACCGCCAUGGGCGCGGCGUUCAUCUUCUUCUUCUUCCCGGAGACCAAGGGUCUUUCGCUUGAAGAAAUGGACACCCUCUUUGGUUCCGUCGGUACUGCGGAGCGCGAGAAGGAGCGCUGGGCUGAGGUUCACAGGGAGGUCGGACUUACCGAGAUCCUUGAGCGUGCUGGUGUCUACCACGACAGUGGUGCUGCGGACUACCACAAGGAGAAGGGCAGUAUGGAGAAGCCAGAGGUUGUUGAGCAUGCUUAG